UCGUCACCCGGCGGUGCUUCAAAGUUAGGUGACGGAGGAGAAGGGUCCUACACUGACGAAGGUGCUAUGUAUACAGUCGGCGAGGGUUCCGACACCACCAACACCACAACUGGCGAGGGUUCCGACACCACCAACACCACAACUGGCGAGGGUUCCGACACCACCUACACCACAACUGGCGAGGGUUCCGACACCACCAACACCACAACUGGCGAGGGUUCCGACACCACCAACACCACAACCGGCGAGGGUUCCGACACCACCAUCCCCACAACCGGCGAGGGUUCCGACACCACCAUCCCCACAACCGGCGAGGGUUCCGACAGCACCAUCCCCACAACCGGCGAGGGUUCCGACAUCACCAUCCCCACAACCGGCGAGGGUUCCGACACCACAACCGGCGAGGGUUCCGACACCACAACCGGCGAGGGUUCCGACACCACAACCGGCGAGGGUUCCGACACCACAACCGGCGAGGGUUCCGACACCACAACCGGCGAGGGUUCCGACACCACAACCGGCGAGGGUUCCGACACCACAACCGGCGAGGGUUCCGACACCACAACCGGCGAAGGUUUCAUUAGCAAUUCCUCAGAACUCGGGGUCGUCAAACGACCUCAGCGGCAGAUACGCUUCAAGAGCUCCUACCAGGAGCUCCCGACGGGGCUGCAGGGACCUAUCCUGAGCAGUCGUGACGAGGGCCUUUCCUACUUCAUCCAGGUGGACGUGGACGACCCUCCUGCCAGCACCGCCCUCACCAAGCUUCCCGAGGGAACCAAGACCUACUUUACCCCGCAGGUGCCGCAAGCAGUGGUGUCCCUGCGGCAGGAGAAAGCACACGAUAAAGAUAACACAACCCAAAUGGAAGUACAAGCUAGGACAUCCUUCUCUGGAGUUCCCAUCGCUAACAAGGGAGCAGCGAAAUCACUGGUGAAGACAGCUGCUAGACAAAUGACAAUCUCACCACAGUCUAGGGAUGUGGACACCAACAGUCUACACUCUGUGGACCUCAGUAAACUAGUGACAACACCAGAGACUUCUACACUAUUGACAUCCUUUCCCCAAGAGCCGCCGACGACUGAUAAUCCAAACUUUCUUGCAAAGGGAAUAUCGGUGUCUUCUAAAUACUCGUCGUAUUGGCCAGCCGACUCCCGAGCCAAACACAAGCACAGUAGUAGACACCGUUACCAAGUAUACCCAAUUCCAUCACCCACUUCACGCUAUUUCGUCACCCCAUUGUCUUCUAUUUCCUCGUCUCCUGCUCCUCAGGAUAUUCAGUUAUCAAAAUAUGUUUCUAGUUAUUCUUCCACUGCUUCUCUAUUCCCAACAACUCAAUCUCCUUCAAGUUACUUAACUACCUGGUCUUCUGGUGGAGAACCACCUCCAGUAGCUACUACUCUACGUUCCGUCUCCAACUUCCAAGCAACACCACCUCCUUCGACAUCUCGUGCGCCUGCAACUCAGCCUCAGACUUUGUCAAAAUUCUCUCUUGUAACACAUUUGCCCUUCUCUUCCUCUACAGGUAAGUCUACUACCACUCCUCCCGUCAUAUUAUCAACGACAACAAUAUCAGUAAGUUCUAAGUCAUUUUCCAGUAACUCGUUUACAACAGUUCCUUCUGUCUCAUCAUCCGCCAUGUCUGUAUCAAACUAUUCCUCCAUCAAGUCUCCGACGUCGGAAACAUAUUCCUUCGUUUCCACACCUUCUGUUCCUUCGAAAAAUAUACAAUUCCUGAAUCGUAUAAAAAAUCCUCCACUACCUUUGACUUUUGGUUUAAAAACUUCUACAGCUUCUACUCGGCCAUCUUCGUCUGCUGCCUUUACGUCUCUCAGUCAGGUGACUCCUUCGCCUGGACUGUCGUUGUUGACCUCUACAAUACAACCCAAACAUUCUUCCUCUCGUCCCAGAGUCCGCACCAAGGUCUAUCCAUCAACACAUGUUCAACAUCCCUCUCAUUCUCGACUUUCGUCGGAAAAAUCCCAAACACUAACUGCAACUUACACUAAGGGUAGCCGGGACACGACCGAUCAUCCGGUCAGCGUCGCCCCCAAGUCAACAACUUUCUCCAGCGUCCAGACAUUAGCUAAACACCGGUCACGUCCUGGCCAGAAGUCUCUGAACGCAGCCAGGCGACAGUCAAAGGCCAGGACAAACACUGAGUCGCUUCCUCACAACUCCACUAACAUAUUGCAAAGCUUCACAGAUUCGAGACGACAUACAGGCUAUGGUGGAGGUGGCAGACACAUUUCAGGCCCCCAGACGUCAGUUUCAGGCCCCCAGACGCCAGUUUCAGGCCCCCAGACGCCAGUUUCAGACGGUAAGACACGGACUGUAGGUAGCUCUGACAGUCAAUACACUGGCUCGAUUCCAGGACGGGCUGGUAUAGACUAUCCGAUUCUACAGGACAUUCCAAAGACAGGGUUUGAGUGCUCCAGCAAGCCAGCAGGAGGCUAUUAUGCCGACCAGGAGGCUAAUUGUCAGGUGUUCCACGUGUGUUGGGAGGAUCGAAGAGCAUCUUUCCUGUGUCCACUGGGAACAGUUUUCAACCAACAGCUGUUAGUGUGUGACUGGUGGCACAACGUAGACUGCUCCGCUACAGAGACCUUUAUUUACGAGAGCAGUGCCAUCUGGAGCCCCACCACCUACCCAAACCACCUGUGAAGGAACCAGGUGGUGGGUUAAAACCAGCGGUUGACUAACGCCAUCUGGGAGAUAGGAUCGGCUGAUAGGUUGGUAGAACAAGAGAUUUGGUGGCUAGAACCAGAUCGAAGUCCGUUCCAGCCACACUCUCUCCAGACACCUGUCGGAGGGAUUCGAUGACAGCCUAAACCUUAACUUGCUUAUCGAAGCAGCAACUUUAAGACCAGUUGAGGUCCUGGAUCGCCGUUAUGCCCAGCUAGUUGAAAAUUGGAGCCAUCUUCACGAUGGAAACCUCUUCCUGACGCAGCCAUCUACACAACACAGCCGUAGUCAAGACAAUGUUUCAGUCCUGCCCAGUGAACAAUUGUAGGAAAUGACAGGACGCACACGACUAACACUCCGUCACUCGAGUCCGGUACCGUCUUACCGACAAGGACCGCUGUGGUCGCCACACAAGACAACACCAACGUUUAACGUUAUCACGUUGUUACAACGUUGUAGCUACGUAAAAAUAACGUUUCCAGUGGCCACAAAUCUCUAAGAGUAACGUCGAUUCAACGUUACUCUUGGACACUGUGGCCACUUGUGUGUGCUGGUGACUGUGAGUGUCGGGCAGAGUGCACAAGGCCCCCACAACACACACAGUAACUGACGUCGUAAGCUUCACUCACGCCCCGUUAUGCUUCCAGAAAGUAAAGUCUUGCAGUAGUGUUUCUAUCAUUAGAUCACAGACAAUCAAUUUAUGGGAUAUAAUUAAUAUUAAAAAAAAAACCCGUGUGUGGGGGUGUGGAGUCCGCCGGGUGAAGCUGAUCACACAACAUUGAUCAACCGUUGAUCCAACGAUACUUGAUGUCACGUGUUGUCCCCUGGGUCGAGUCACGCCAUAUACCCGAGGUCAUACUCCGUAGAGUCAUGCUUAGAUGGUAGAAAACAUUACUGAUAAAGUGACGUGUGGCAGAACUAUAAGUGACAAGUGUUCAUGUUCAGUGUUAAAUUAUAU